AUGAAAUCUCACUUCAGUCUUCUCAUGGUCGCGCUCGUGGUUCUCCUUACUUUUGAGCCGGCUGGCGCUGAUUCCAAGACUUUCCCCGCUGAUUCCUCCCCUUUCCCCUGCCAAAGCCCUGGGAUCUUCUUUGUGCCGCACCCUGCCCGCGGAAAGAAUGCAAGCCGUUGGUUCGAUGCUCUUUCUCAUUUGCCAAGCCCUUCAGGCUUCAACCAAGCCUGGUGUCACUUGGCUGAAGUUUUCCCAAUCUUUCAAAAAUAUUAUGCCCAAGUCGCUUUUAGCGGAAAAAGCGGCCAAAAACCGCUAAAAACUGCUGUAGCGCAGCGUAGUGGGCCCUUUUUUGCGGCCCACACGCGUAGCGUUAGCGGUGUCGUGGCGGAAUUCCGCUACGCUACGCUAAUCGCUAACAGCGAUUCAGCUGCGUUACGCUACACUAACCGCUACGACUCAAUUUUGGGCCUUUCAACUCGGAAGCAUCAUGUAUGA